CGAACAAACGUACAUAAGGCCUGACAUUUUUUGUAAGUUGGAAGACACACCUUGGCUGAAACACAUCGGCUGAAACACAAGCACAAAAUGCACUGCAGCUAACAGUUUGUUUCUCCUUGCUCGCAAAACCCUAUCCUCUUUUUUUUUUUUGGAAGAGAAACCCUAUCCUCUUAUAUACACAUAAUAGUAAGAAUUCAAGAAUGGAGGUUUCGGAUUCUGCCCGGCUACUCAAUAAUGCUGAUAAACUAAUCGAUUGCGUUGAGACCUUCAUAUUUGACUGUGAUGGAGUUUUAUGGAAGGGAGAAAAAUUAAUAGAUGGAGUUCCCGAAACUCUUGAUAUGCUCAGGGCAAAGGGAAAGAGGUUAGUUUUUGUUACCAACAAUUCAACAAAAUCUAGGAAACAAUAUGGAGAAAAGUUCAAGGCACUUGGUCUUCAUGUCACCGAGGAAGAGAUAUUUGCAUCAUCAUUUUCUGCUGCUGCUUACUUAAAGUCUAUUGAUUUCCCCAAAGAUAAGAAGGUUUACGUAAUUGGUGAGGAAGGAAUACUGGAAGAGAUCGAGUUAGCUGGGUUCCAGUAUCUUGGGGGGCCGGCUGAUGGUGGGAAAAAGAUAGAACUAAAGCCUGGAUUUGUAAUGGAGCAUGAUGAGAAUGUUGGGGCCGUUGUUGUUGGAUUUGAUCGUAAUUUCAAUUACUUCAAAGUCCAGUAUGGAACUUUGUGUAUACGUAAAAAUCCAGGGUGUCUAUUCAUUGCAACGAACCGCGAUGCUGUCACUCAUCUAACAGAUGCUCAAGAAUGGGCAGGUGGCGGUUCAAUGGUUGGUGCCCUAGUUGGAUCUACACAAUGUGAACCACUUGUUGUAGGGAAGCCUUCAUCUUUCAUGAUGGACUACUUAUCAAACAAGUUCAAGAUUGAGAAAUCCCAGAUAUGCGUGGUGGGGGACAGACUUGAUACCGAUAUACUUUUCGGGAAAAACGGUGGUUGCAAAACUCUUCUUGUUCUCUCAGGUGUGACAAGUUUAUCGAUGCUGCAAGAUCCCAAAAAUGCAAUACAACCGGACUUUUACACAAACAGUGUCUCUGAUCUACUUUCUGUGUGACCUGCGGCGGUGCUGUACGUUGGAGGUAGAAUUCGGAUGGAGUAAUUAGACCAUCGUGCGGUUAAAAAAGAGUAACUUCACUUUAUUACACUCACAGGAAGUACUUUUUAUUUAUUUCAUCUCCUAGUCAUAUGUGUGCCGAAUGGUUUGCCUCAUAAAGUACGAUUGUUCGAGCAUAAUCAUCAACAAAAGUUUACUUUUUUAAAGAUUUCAUAUAGAGAAAGGGCAAGUGACGGGUUGAAUCUUUUCGAUUUGAAAUGAUAUUUUAAUCGAGCUCGGCUAUCUACAUUCAUAAACGUGACUGGAGUAACUGAUAAAUUACAGAUUCGAUGAUGAUUGAUUUUAGCGUUUGCAAUGCACAACCAGAUGAAGGUGUGUGAAUGGAGAUGAAGUGAAAACAUUAUUUAUUUUCGAAUGUCUCAGCCUGUAAAAAUGCAGGCAGAUUUUAGAUAUUUAAAGUGCUUUGAUCUGGACAUACUGAAAGUGUAUGUUAAGAAAGGGUGACAACCCUCCAUUAUCUGAAAAUGACAAUUUAA